CUUCCGUUACUGUCCGAGGCUGCGGGCUGAGCGGCCAGGGCCAAGGGGGGCUGCAAAACGCAGGAGCCACGCUUGCUUCGUACCGCUAACGUGGGAACGUGGGGGUGCAAAACGGGUCCCCUUCCUCCCGGUGGGUUCCGGGCCCUGGCAGCCUUUACGGGAAGGUGCCGCGCCCUAGCGACUGGGCCGCAGUGGGCCCGAGGUCCACUCGGACCGCCAAGACCGCCCGAAGUCCCCGGAGCUGGAGGGAAGGCAUUGCCUGGGCGCCGGCCGCCGCCCUCACAACUCGGCCGAGGCCCCUGUCUCAACCUAGGUUCUCUUUUUCCCCUGUUCUGCAGGCUCGCAUCCGGCGUCAUGGCUCAAAGGGCCUUCCCGAAUCCUUAUGCUGAUUAUAACAAAUCCCUGGCCGAAGGCUACUUUGAUGCUGCCGGGAGGCUGACUCCUGAGUUCUCACAGCGCUUGACCAACAAGAUUCGGGAACUUCUUCACCAAAUGGAAAGAGGCCUAAAAUCAGCAGACCCUCGAGAUGGCACUGGUUACACGGGCUGGGCAGGUAUUGCUGUGCUUUACUUACAUCUCUAUGAUGUGUUUGGGGACCCUGCCUACCUACAGAUGGCACAUGGCUAUGUAAAGCAAAGUCUGAACUGUUUGACCAAACGUUCCAUCACCUUCCUUUGUGGGGAUGCAGGCCCCCUGGCAGUGGCCGCUGUGCUGUAUGACAAGAUGAACAACGAGAAGCAGGCAGAAGACUGCAUUACACGACUAAUUCACCUAAAUAAGGUUGAUCCCCGUGCCCCAAAUGAAAUGCUCUAUGGACGAAUAGGCUACAUCUAUGCUCUUCUUUAUGUCAAUAAGAACUUUGGAGUGGAAAAGAUUCCUCAAAGCCACAUCCAGCAGAUUUGUGAAACAGUUUUAACCUCUGGAGAAAACCUAGCUAGAAAGAGAAACUUCACAGCAAAGACUCCACUGAUGUAUGAAUGGUACCAGGAAUAUUAUGUGGGGGCUGCUCAUGGCCUGGCAGGAAUUUAUUACUACCUGAUGCAGCCCAGCCUUCAAGUGAGCCAAGUGAAAUUACAUAAUUUGGUCAAGCCCAGUGUAGACUAUGUCUGCCAGCUGAAAUUCCCUUCCGGCAAUUACCCUCCGUGUGUGGACGAUAAUCGAGAUCUGCUUGUCCAUUGGUGUCAUGGUGCCCCGGGGGUAAUCUACAUGCUCACUCAGGCCUAUAAGGUGUUCAAAGACGAAAAGUAUCUCUCGGAUGCCUAUCAGUGCGCUGAUGUGAUCUGGCAGUAUGGGCUGCUGAAGAAGGGGUAUGGGCUGUGCCACGGCGCCGCGGGGAACGCCUACGCCUUCCUGAACCUCUACAACCUCACGCAGGACCUGAAGUACCUGUACAGGGCCUGUAAGUUUGCUGAAUGGUGCUUAGAGUACGGAGAACACGGAUGCAGAACACCAGAUACCCCCUUCUCCCUCUUUGAAGGAAUGGCUGGAACAAUAUAUUUCCUGGCUGACCUGCUAGUCCCCACAAAAGCCAGAUUCCCUGCAUUUGAACUGUAAAAGGAAAGCAUGCCCCCUGCAACUGACCGCAUGACCCUUUCUGUAUACUCAAACCUGAGCUAACUGCUUUUGUUGCUUUUCAAGGAAACAGAGUCAAACUAUGUACUGAUUUAGUUAAUAUUUUUUUCAGAAUUUGUCUUUAGUUCAGUUCCUUUAUCAUUUACUUAAAAGUAUCCAAAGAAGUCUUUUAACUUCAAUUUCUUCCUGGAGAGUGGGUGAUAUGUACAGUAUUUUGAGGUCAUAUGUGUAUAUUUCAGAACUUUGAAGAAAUCUUAUUUAAGUUUAUGAAUAUAACUAUCUGUUACUGUUCUAAAAAUGUUUAAAAGAAACUAUAGAUAAAGGAAGAUAAAUAUGACUAUUGUUGGAAAUUCUCCUCCACCUCUUCUCUUUAAUAUUUUUCCUUCAACAGGAGAGCAGAUAGUUUUACAGCUUGCUUUUCUCUGGGUGGUUGAUUAUGAAAGGGGGCAAAAAUAUAACUGUAUGCUUCCAAGGGAAAAAUUCCAAGAGUUGCAAACUGGACUUGGGACCUAAAUACCAUUUUUUAAAUUCAUGAUGCCUAUGUGGACUAGAAGUGAUCGUACUUUCAAAUAUGCCUAUUUUUGUCAGUAAGGCAUCUAGGCUUCACAAGCCAACAUUAUAAUCAAAAACUUCUAAAACAUGGUGGUGGUUGUGAAAAUUUUGAUUUGAAGGUUGCUUCAAGAUAAGCUAACAAUAACAGUUUAUUGUUUUCUCUAAAAUAAUCUAAAGUAUUUUGAAACUAUUUAUUUAAAUUUGUUUUUCUGUAUUCAUGAAAGAUCAGGAAGCUAAUUUUCUGUGUGCGGAUCUGCUCUGAGCUAGGAUUCCAGUCCAUGCUGACUGACCUUCUAAACUUGUGUUUUGCUUACUUUGUAGUGACUAUGCUAUAGUGCUGACUGUUUGGUAUAAGCCAUUUUCCAAACGUAUUUUCCUUCCUGUCAAUUUUUCUGAACAUUGGUCUUUUCACUAAAUAGUACAGCAUUCUAUUUCUGUUUAGAAAAGGGAACAGGAAGGGGAAUGCCAUGUAACCAAUAACUUGAACAAGAACACUAAGCUUUUGAUAGAAAUGCUGUUUACUUAAGAGGUAUUAUCCAGAGUUCAUGCUUAGAACAAAUGGAUCUGUGCAUAUCCUAGGCUUAACAAUUCCUUAAUUUCUGAGACCACAGAAUCGGGUUUUAUAUGGUAAAUGAAGACUCCCUGGUGCUUCACAUUCUGUACAAAUGUUUUGACUCAUCAGCUCCUACUCCUACUCCUUCCAUUGCUGCCCUUCCCAGUCCUGUUUUAUCUCUUUUUGACUAAUUUUGAAAAAUUUUCAGCUUCAAAAUAACAGGGUCUAAGAAUUUUUAAUGUGCCUAUUUCACAGCUCUCUUGGUCACAAAAACAUGCUAUUUUUAUUAGAACUUUGCACCAAAUUCCCACUGAGUGUGUGCCGUUUCCUGCAGGCAGCAAUCCUCUAGUAUUUUCUAUUUAGCACCAAAAUAGCUAAUAUUACUGGAAAUCAUCUGACCCUUUAAAGGCCACUAACAGUAGGCUCUAAAAAGCAGCCCACUGCUCAAUUCCUAGGAUUAGCUUACUCCUUCUGUGACUUGUGUAAGUCAGGGACGACAUUGUACCUCUCAGAUUUCUGUAGUGCUGCUGGUAAGCUGUGUGCAAGCUAUGCCUUUCUUGUAAAAGUUUCCAAUCAGCGAUGCCAGCAUUUACAGUAAGAAGCAAAAGUAGUGCACAGCAAAGCUAAUUUGCCUUUGGCUGGGUGUCCAACUUAAAGGAAUGAAGCUCAUUUGGUUUAGUUAAAUGUCUUACUAUACUGUGCCCGUCCUUUUAGCUACUAUGGUUAUACUAACGGGAAAAAAACAAAACACACUCUCUCUGAGCCAGAGGAGACUUUAUCACAGUGUUCCUGUAAGCAUCUUGAUUAAUUUAACCCCAGGAAGACUUCAAGGCAGGGAGAAGAACAUUUCGAAUAAGAUUCUUGUUAAUGUGUGGAUUGCAGUGUAGCUACUAUCAUCCCUUAACAAAUUCAUCAACACAAACAUAAUUUAAAGGUUUUUGGGUUUUUUUUUUAGCUUUUUAAGAUUUAUUAAACUAUCUACUCCCACUAUUUCACUUGACCAAGGGGAAAAAAAAAGAUUUAUUAAACUGGAAAGAUUUCAUAUUUGUGUCAUUGUUUUAUUUAUGCUUAAGAACUAAAAAAGUUUUGGUAGGAUUUUAAACUCAGGCAAAGCUACAAUGCUGAGACCAGUCCCCCAACUGGUGACUGAAAGCACCUUUUGCACUAGCUGUCUUAGUUUUGAAAGGAUGCGGUAUCACUGUUGCAGUUCUAUUUCUGUUACAUUUUUCCCUCAGAUAUUUUUCCGCCUAGUAAAAAACCUUCCCAAAAGUGGCUUCCUAGAAAACUCAAUAGCAUCUCUUAUUUCCAUGCACAGACUAGGUCAUAAAACCUUUAAGGGUUGUCAAGCAGUAUUCAUUUAUCCCGUCAUAUGUUUCUGUUUGUGUAGUUCUGAGAAAUUGCCAAGUAGUUAAUGUCAACAUGUAAAAAAGUGUUAACAUUAUCAUGACCGUUUCCAUAGAUCCCACUGGAUGUUGGUGUCAUCUGAGUUGUUAGUCUUUAACCCUCAGAGUCAUUGGCUCCCUUUUCAUCUUCAAUGUCAGUUCCAAUUAUUUAGCAUCAAAUGCCUUCACGGUGGACAGAGUUUUAGGUAAAAGUGGAUCUAAGGCCAUUUUCUCUCCUUAACACUUCCCUAAAUAACUGAAUUAAAGGGAAUACUCUGCUUCUAUGUCCUCAGGUUAAUUUGUGUAUGAUCCCUAUGAUGAUGCCUGCCUUUUACUAGCAGAUUUUGAAAUAUAAAAUGUGAAGAGAAUAUUUACUCGUGUACUCCUUUGGUUACUAGAACUCAUCGUUAGUCCUUUAUGACUCAUACUGAAUUCUCAUUCCAUUUCUGCUUCCCUUAAAUAAUUCAGAGCAAUCCAUUUCUGUAUUUUCUGUACUAUUGAACGAUAGAAGAACUGGUUCUCUCUUACAGAUGUGAAACAAAGUGUAUAGGCUAUUCAGAGAACCCACCCCAAUGUUGUCUUUUAAUGGAAGGGCUGGGAUCAUAGAUAUUUCUGUGUUCUGUAAAGGAUUUGGCUUGCUGGCUCUCAAUAAAAUUUUAUUAAGACUA